AUUUUUACUCGAUAUUGGGUAAAUGAAGACGCCGGUUAUUGUAGAAAAAUUUUAGGAUUUAACAUUCAUUAUUAUUUUUAUAAAUAAAGCCAUCAUAAUAAGGAUUACACCUACCUACUCAAAUUCCCAAAAUUAAAUAGUAUCUAGGUAUGUACGCUGGGGCUGGGGUACUUACCAAAUAUCAACAAAUUAUCGUAAGAUGAGAUGUCCGCCUUUGCCCACUUUUUGUGGUUUUUCAAUUCAAGCACAAACACAAAAAUUAUUUUAGUUAUAGUUACCUAUAUGUUUCUGAUAAAUUACCACAACGAAUUACACAGUUAUUGCCAGUUUAACCUGUUAAACACCAUGCAUGCAGUGCAGCCAACAUAAGCGCGCGAAAUACAGUGCCCUGGGUAUGCGCAUGUGUGUAACGCUAUUUUACUCGAGUUUUACUUCAUGUAGAGUAAAUAAUUAUUGCAUACUCAAAAAUGAUUUAGGUUAAAUGCAAAAUGAGUAAAUCAAUUAAUUUUAAUUCACUAUUUAGUUAAUUUUUAAAAAUUACCAAAUAUUGAGCAUAAUUUCGAAAAAACUUACUCAAAAAAAUAACUCUAAUUUGUUUACUCAAUUUCUUUCGCACUUUACUCUUUACGAUUUUUUACUGUGUAGUGUAACAAAAUAUGAACUUUUUGAUUCCAGGAGGAUGAUGCAGAUGACAUAUAUGAUGACACUGUAAUCCAAGUGGGAAAAAUGAACUUGGAAAAUGUAAUCCUAAUGGAUGACAAGGAUAUACUAAGUGAGGAACAGUUAAGUUUAAACGAUACAAUGAUGAAAAUCUACGAUUCUUUUACGCCGUACGAGCAAGUUAUAGUUAAAGCAAGCUCAGUGCUUCAUUUACAGUUCCAAAGGCAAAAGUUGAUGUAUCUGAUUAACACUAAGCCAGAUAGAACCACUGCUUUAGCUAUAAAAUCCUUAUUUGAAAAACGAGUGUUAACGUGCGCUCACGGAGAUUUCGUAGAUGAAGAAAACAGCAUGAAUUUCAAAGGACGUCUAAAAUCACCAGGUCAAAAUGAUAUUAAAUGUGAUUGCCGCGGCAUAGUUUUGGAUGGUACAACUUUAUUACUAAUAACUUUACCAAUUAACAAGUAAGUUUUACCAGAAUCGUCCCUUGAUCUUCCAAAGUACUCCAUCUGCGGCUACAUGCAGUUCGUCAUGACUAAUUUCAAAGAUAUGUGCUAUAAUUUGCUUACCGAUAAGCAAUCGAAAGAUUUUCAUCAUAGAGCCAUAAGGUAUUUGCAGCACGAGACGAAAAAGUGCAAGUCCUGUGGAAAAGGAUAUUUUGCUAUUGGUCUGUCAAAGAACGUCAGAUUCGGUAGCUCGCGAUGGAAAAAAAUUGGAAAAUACGACCAAGCUUUUAUAAACCCAGGCAGUGUGGGCGAUUCGAAAAAUACUAAUGUGGAUGAAAUUGAAAUGAUGUACAGAAAAUCUUUGUAUUCUCUACCGGAAAGUGUAUCAAAUUCAAGUAGGAGGAAGACUACGAGUUAUUUCUCUACUGGCGACGUUUCAUCACAUAUGGCCAAAUCAGAAUUAUCUGAAUCCCAAUCUGGGUUUGUAUUAUUUCAAAGACGCCCUAUUCAUGUAAACAUCCUGCGAACAAAUAGUUUUUCCGAUUUCGAUUUCACCGAUUGCAAAUGCCUUUCGAUAUUGAUGAGCAUGUAUUGCGAGAUGCUUCGCCAUUGCAAAGGGAUCGAAAACGUAGAAAAGAUAUUUGAAGUUUCCAUCGAUUAUUCUUAUGUGUGUAUGGAAUCUAAAAAUGAUGUGGAGGCAGAAAAUUCAUUGAAGCUAGCUUUGGAAUUAUUGGAGAGUCCAAUAUUCUCGGAAAAAUACCAAAACUGGAUGAUCGACUUAAAACGUGCAAAAGUUUACACUAUUUUAGGACAGGGGAAAAUGAAUAUUAAACGGGAUUUACAAGGCGCAUAUAAGUGCUUUAUAAAAGCUUUGGUAUUAUAUGGUUUUCCAUUUCCAAGGAAUUUAUUAAAGAUAAAAAGACAAAUUAAAUACGAGAGUUGUAAACACUGGUGUAGAAUUUAUAUUAAUUCUAAAAUUGGGACGGUUAAUACAGAUGAAGAAAGUGAAUUUUGCAAUAAUAUUUCAGAAUGUCUUCAAAAUCUUUCUAAGCUAUUUGUGAAAAGACAGAUGUAUCACCAUGCAGAAUUGGCUGCCAUUUGGGCUUUAAACAAAGCUCUGGAUGGUGGUGAAAACUUUCUCAAUCUUUGCAAUGCCUACGCGCAAAUGCUCACAAUAAACAAUUGCGUUCGACGAAGAAACUACACAAAUUAUCAUGAAAGAAGCGCCAUCAAACUUACCAGGCUCAGAAGGAAUUUUGAUAAGCAGGAAUUGGAAGCUAUAGCUUGGCUAAUGCUCUCGGUGUUCGUAGGAAGAUUUGUGGCUUCAAAAUUAAAUCUAAAUUUACUGGAACUAGGUCGAGUAAUAUGGCAGAUUGGCAAAACGACGCAUUCUUUUAAAAUUUUAUUGCAAAUUUUGCCUUUAAUGAUAUUGUUUGCAAUAAUUUUUAAAUUAAUGCCUGAAACAGUGGAUAUACUAAAUGAUUUUUUUAUUUAUUCCAAUGAUGACGUCGAUGGUUCUGGAUUAUUCGAUUACUAUUGUGCUUGUUUAAUUUUGCAAUUGGAGACGGGCUUUUCCAUCGAGUCCUUUAAAAGUUGCGAGUCGUUUUUGCUGAGAUCGACUUUUAAUUUCAGCUUGAAAGACCCGAGCAGCCGAAAACGGUUAGCGGUUAUAUUAUGGUUGUGGUAAAUAUCAAACUGUUGUUUAUUGUCCCCACAAAUAAUUAUUUUAUGUGUUGUUAGGAACUUGCGUAAAAAAUACUGGAAUUCCGCCAAGAACUGGGAAAAUGAGGCGUUUGAUUUCGAGAUUAUAGAAAACGAACCCAUCUUUAACAACUUGCUUUCCGGAUCGUACCUACUAGAAGGCCUCAUUCUCUUGUUAGUCCACAAAAUGGACAAAAGGAAUCUUACCCAAGUGAGAAAGCUUUGCAAAAAAGUCGAUGAUUUGAUUAAACAGCUGAAAAGACAGCGCAAACGAGCUAAAAUUAUGUACGUCAGAGUCGAGCAUCUUAUCCUUUAUUACAAGUUGGUUUUAAGCAAUAAUUACAAGAUUUUGGAUAAGGUCAAAAAGUUGAGGACUUUUGCUGAGGAAAAUUUGAUUUCGUGUGAAGCCGAUAGGAUUCAUCACAAUGAGUUGGCUUGGAUGAACAAAUUAAAACCUUUAAUUGAAAGCGAAUGGUCCGACAGUUGUGAAAUAAACAAAAUUCUUCACCCAUCUGAGGCGGACCCAAAAAAAAUUAUAUACUUUACGUUGCCUCUUCCAACAUAUUUAUAAGGAAACUUU